GGUCGGCAGUCGGCUCCACGCUCUAGACCCCAAUAGUUCGGCGCGGCCCACACGCGGCAAAAGCUCAGCAAGAUCGAUCCGAAUCAAGUCGAAUCAGUUGAAUCGAAUCGAAUCGACUUUUCGAGUGUGUGCGAGAGCGAGUGUUAUUUUAGUGGCGGUGCACGGCUGCAGCUGUUGUCUAAUUCUCAAGCGGCGCUUGGCCUCGAGUUGCAAGUCGAGUCACUUCAAAUCGCAGCGGGUUUUUCGUUGAACUUACUCCAAAAGCGGCACAAUGACUGGAUCAGUCCACGAUCCGAAAUGGAGCCUGGAGCGCCGUGAGUCGUCUGGCCAUUUGGUGUGGCGCAAGGACUCCCCGGAGUCGAAAGUGCGCUUUCGCUUCGACGUCGAGGUCCUGGAGUUCGAGAGGCAUCCUCAUGAGGAGCUGGAGGACAAGGAGGAUCACUUCUCGAUGACCAAUCUCUCGGCGACAGUGGCCAUGUGCGCCACCUGUGUGGCCGUGGUGGCCGUCUCCGUGUUCCUGCCCUGGUAUUUGAUGGAGAAAGUGGGAUCGCUUUAAAAAACGGGGCUCGAAGGCCCGGCUUUUUGUAUAUAGGUACCCGGACGGUAUUAAGUAGACUCUUGUACAUAAACAAGCGUAGAUUUAACUAUUUGUAAAUAGUACGUACGUUGUAUAUAGACCUGUGGCUUUUUUAAGGAUAGAGUUUGAAAAACUCUAGGUGCAAUACGAGUGCGACAGUGACUGCUAAAGCCAAACUAUGAAAUGUGGAUUGUAUUUUAGGACGUGUAAAUUCUCAUAAGUUUAGUCCUAUGGAAGAUCACAAAGAUAGUUAAUGGAAUAAACGAAAUACUUGCCCUUUAAAGUUGUA